CAAAAGCGUUUGGUAACCAAAAUUUUUUUUAAAAAAAAAGCUGCUGUGGCUUCCGUCGAAAAGCAGAAGCACGCUCAACCAAGCUCUUAUAAGCCCGAAAUCAGUGUGGCUGGUGAGUCUGUAGAUUAAUGAAACUUGCCGGUCUCUACCCUUUCUUGGUUGAAGCUAUUAGUCGUCGCCCUCAGACCCUUUUGAUAUCCCUACGCUGCAUCUAUAUAUAUCUCUCUCCCUCAUCACAGACGCCGCAUCGAUCUCGAUCCCUCUGACGCCACCUCACGUACGUAGCUUCUCAUCAAGAUUUCGGGUUGGCAAUGUUUUGGUGAUUUUUCUGGACCCUUUUAACUUGUGUUGAUUGUUGUUGAUCCCCUUUUGACUCGGUAGGAGUUGAACAUGUGUCAGCAAUGGAACUUUCAGAUUGAAUUAUGUUGUGUUCUGGGCAAGUAAAGAGUAAUGUUUGAAUUCGGUUGUGUUCUGAGGUUGAAAUUCCAAAAUGACUCGGAAGGAACAUUCUGAUCAUGGCUUGAUUUCUACUUGGGAUAAUAUGUAUGUUUAUUAGUAUAUAAUUAUAUAUAGGUGGAAAGUUGCUUCGUAAAUUAUUAUAUACUGGAAUAUCAAAACAGUUGUACGUAAGGAGGAAGUUCUGUGGCGUUUGGCUGUAGACAUAGGCAUUUGAGUUUUGAAGGAUCACAUGGUUAUGUCUACAUGAUAUCAGAUUCUUAAGGACCAACAAGUAUUGGGUCACUAUAUUUAUUGGUGGACAUUAUGCUUAGAGAUGUUCACAGGAAUGGAAACUUGUUAUAUGAGCCACUGAUCUAUGCUAGAUUGAUUUCAGAAGCAAAAGCGAACAUUUGAGAGUUUGGUUUUGCUGGUUUUGAUCAGAUUUGUGGAAAGCCAAAAAAGGGCAGAAAGUUUCUGAAGUGGAGGGCUUUGUUUUGGUUUGUCGAAAAGUACAACAGAAUUUACAGAGACUAUUUUGUUCAGAUUAAGUUUAUGAGAUAUCUUCUAACUAUUUUGUUCGUGUGUUCUUGCUUCAUUAUACAUGUUCGAUGCAGAAAGCCAUAAAUGUAUGGCUUGUCUAAAUUGGUUUAAGCUUCUGCACAGUUAGUAACCUAAAUGAUUUUCAAACAGAAUGCAAGCAUAGAAACAAAUUAAGAUGAUAAGAAACUUGGCUUUCUAAAAGUGGGUGUCCUGAGCAAAUUGUUAGGUUGCUGUUUGGGUUGGAAUUCUUAUUUUGACUUCACAACAAGAGAUUUCAUUGAUCAAAGAACCUAUAUGCAUCAGUUUAACAACCUUAGACUGAGCAGUAACCUCAAACCUUAGUUUGUAGGCAUUGGAGAAAGCUAGAACAAGUUUCUGCAUUAUAAUCGUUUAGUUAACUUCGAGCAACCAUAUCCUUUGAUCUAGACCUCAUUACAGAAACCAUUUGCAUGUGUUGAAAGCUUAUAAUGUAAGCUUGAUAUCUGUUUAGUUUCGUACUAUUUCAUUUAAGAGGUAGUGGUUAAUUUUGAGGCCAAAAACAGAGCUGCAAUCUGUUGUUUUUGACCCAGUUGCUUUUUUACUAAAAACUGUACAUUUCGGCUGGGUAUUUGAAGUUGGUGUCUUCAUGAAAUUUCAGUAGACAUCUUAAAGAUCUAUUCAGAAUUAAAAUCUCAUAAAAAGGAGUUUUCUAGAGUAAGUUAUGAUUUUUCGAAUUUGAGGGUCUGCAUCAGGAAAUUCUUCAAUUGUCACUAUGUUUCUGUUUGUUUCAUUUGAUUUCAAUAGUUUCCUUUAUUCAAACUUGUUCACAAACUGAACAUAGGGAUUCUUAACUUUCCAACAGAAUGAAAGUUUAUUUUAUAUACUUUUAAACAAAGCUGUAACUAUCAAAAUGAAGGAGUAACAUAGGGAUUCUUUACUGAUCAUUUGUUUCUGAGCAGUUUUGUUUUGUCUUUUGUUCGUGUGUUCUUGCUUCAUUUGUUGUGAUAUAUACAUGCUCGAUGCAGAAAGCCAUAAAUGCAGCCAUGUAGGUUAGCAAUGAUGAUACUAGGGGUUCAUUGCUUCACUUUCUUAAUUCACGUUUUUGGACUCUAGUUUUGUGUAUCUUUGUUUCCAUCAAUUUGAGCAUUUUUCUGGUUUAGUAUGUCAACUUGUGUACAAAUUAGGUUGGAUCACUAUCUUAGAUUGCCCAAUUGAAGGCUUAGGCUUUUUGUAAUUUACCUAUUUGUUGUUUCAUACUGGUUCUGAGGAAAGAUUUAGGAGAUGUAUGUAUUGUAUGUAACAGCUGCCAUUUGCUUAGAAUAGAACAAGUUUUUGGGAAAGGGUUGGGUCGUGUAGGAACAUUUCUAAAUUGGUUAGUGACAAACAUUGUAACUAACAUUUGUUAGAUUGAUGGUUUUUCACUUUAUCAUGGGUUUAAUUGGGUUUUCUAAAGCUGGUAGCAGGUAACAUUGCCUUCUUCAAAUCCACAUAGCUGCAUGCUUUCUAUGUUAAAACUCUUGGUUUCUGAUUACAUCCUUACUGAAGGGUUUGUAUUUAUUUUGAAUUGUUGUAUUAUGCAAGACCAUUUCUUUUACUCUGUUAAUUCUUUGUUGAUUAUACUUGGAGUUGGUCAUCUUGUCUAUAUUUGUUGAAUGCUGAAACUAGUUUCCAUAGUUGAGUUUGGUGGGUUUGUUCCAUCUUUGCCAUGUCUUUUUGGUAUCACUGCUCCUGCUCUAUUUUUAAGGUAAUUUGCUCGACCAAAUUAUUGAUGUCAGUGCUAAGAAUAUUGUUGGUUUACCCUACGGAAAAUUUGAGUUGCAGUUGCAAUAUUGAUCCUUGUGAAAUGAUUUUAAGCAUAUGUCAAUGGGAUUGAUACAUUAAAUUCAUGUGACUUAAUAGCGUAACCUUAUCACUCAUGGUACCAGCUCUUAAAGUUGUAUCUGUCAUUGUAGUCUUUAACAGUCUUCAUUCAUGAGCCAAUUUUGUACUCAUGUUCCAUCCUCUGAUGUAAAGACCUGAAGUGCAUUAUCCAGUUGCUUGUUUUGUGGGCUCAUUACACUUUAAGGAGCAAGAACUGACAGAUUUAUAUAAUCUUUGACAGGUUAGGUUUAAUGGUUGUGGAGGCUUAAUCUUGGUAUCUUUCAUGACAUAUGCGUCGGAGCACCUUGCAACUAGAUCAUUCUUGACAGGCCUUGAAGACCGAGAUGCUACGAGAAGUAGGAGCUUUUGUUAGAUAUAGUUCACUGGUGACAAAACUGAGCAUGUAAAACUAUUGACCAAAAAAGUUGAUGGCUUGAUUCCGAUUUGUGUAUUUCUGAUUGGAAGAGCAGAGAGAGUAAUGAUGAAUAAGUGUGGUUUUCGUGUUUGGUGUUUUUUUCAGCCACCACUUUAACUGGGUUCCAUUUUUCUGUAACUGCACUCGUUGGCCUCGUCUCCAAUGCUAGCGGUUAUUCUGCCAUCAAGCAUGUUCCCUUUUGGGAGCUUCUUUGGUUCUCCAUAGUUGCCAAUGUCUCCAUCACCGCCAUGAACUUCAGCCUCAUGCUUAACUCUGUCGGCUUUUACCAGAUUUCGAAGUUGAGCAUGAUUCCCGUGGUUUGUGUGAUGGAAUGGAUUCUUAACAACAAGCAGUAUUCCAAGGAGGUUAAAAUGUCUGUUGUGGUUGUGGUUAUAGGUGUUGGUGUUUGUACCGUGACUGAUGUGAAAGUUAACCUCAAAGGCUUCAUGUGCGCCUGCCUAGCAGUUUUGUCCACUUCUUUCCAGCAAAUUUCUAUUGGGUCUCUUAAAAAGAAACAUUCAGUUGGAUCCUUUGAAUUGCUGAGUAAGACUGCUCCAAUUCAAGCCACUUCUCUACUCAUUCUCGGCCCAUUCAUUGAUUACAUCCUUAGUGGUACAUUCAUAACAGACUAUAAGAUGUCUUCUGGUGCCAUUGUUUUAGGUCACAUGAAAACAGUAUGUGUCCUCACAUUAGGGUGGCUUCUCUUUGAUUCAGAGCUCACUUUCAAGAACAUUAUGGGGAUGAUUCUUGCAGUCGUUGGCAUGGUGAUUUAUAGUUGGGCUGUCGAGGCAGAAAAACGGUCUGGCAAACCCGUGUCCCAUUCAAAAACCAGCAUGACAGAAGAGGAAAUUGAACUAUUGAAGGCAGGACUGGAUACCACUACUGUGAAGGAUGUUGAACAUGGAGCAACUAAAGUUUAGAAGAGGUAGUAGACUCAUUUUUGG